AUGGGUGUCCAGAAGAAAGAGUACAACCGCAAGGAGCGCGAGGGCAAGACGGGCGAUGGCAUGGGAAAUGUCAAGACCAAGGGCGCCAACUUCUACCGUGAUGCGAAGAAGGUCAAGCUUCUCAAGCGCCUCACAGGUGGCACAGCCGAGCGCAAUGCCAAGGGAGACAUCACCAAGGCCGCUGUCUACCAGAACCGCGCGGCGCCUGUCGCCCGUGUCGAGCCCAACAGGAAGUGGUUCAACAACACGCGAGUGAUAUCGCAAGAUGCCCUCGACAGCUUCCGCUCGGCUGUGGAGGCGCAGUCCUCGGACCCGACCACGUUCCUGAUGAAGCGCAACAAGCUCCCCAUGAGCUUGAUCGAGACACCAGGACAAAUCCCAGGCCUCAAGCAGCACGCUGCCAAGAUUGCCGUCGGUAGUCAGCCAUUCUCAGAGACGUUCGGCCCCAAGGCCCAACGGAAGCGCCCGAAGCUCGACUUCAGCUCCAUUGAGGAUCUGGCUGGUCGCACAGGGAGCAUGCACGAGACCUACGUGGAGCGCCUCGAGAACGCCAAGCUGCUGUCGGGUACGUCUGGCGAGGCAGAGCAGAACGAGUCCUUCGCCGACAACCCCAACGGCGAGCUUACAUCUGCGCGCGAGUUCAUUUUCAUGAAGGGCACGUCGAAGCGUAUCUGGAACGAGCUGUACAAGGUCAUUGACUCCUCCGAUGUCAUUCUCCAUGUCCUAGACGCCCGUGACCCUGACGGUACCCGUUGCCGCUCCGUCGAAAAGUACAUCCGCACCGAGGCACCUCACAAGCAUCUAGUCUUUGUGCUCAACAAGGUCGAUCUUGUUCCCUCCAAGGUUGCUGCUGCAUGGGUUCGUCAUCUCAGCAAAGAGUUCCCGACUCUUGCUUUCCACGCCUCCAUCAACAACAGUUUCGGUAAGGGUUCUUUGAUCGCCCUUCUCCGCCAGUUCAGCUCUCUCCACAGCGACCGUAAACAGGUCUCCGUGGGUAUGGUUGGCUACCCGAACACCGGUAAAUCGUCCAUCAUCAACACUCUGCGGAAGAAGAAGGUGUGCGUCGUCGCGCCCAUUGCCGGUGAAACCAAGGUGUGGCAGUACAUCACCUUGAUGAAGCGCAUCUACAUGAUCGAUUGUCCUGGUAUUGUACCACCAAACCAAAACGACACCGAUACGGAUCUGCUGCUUCGCGGUAGUGUACGUGUCGAGAACGUCGAGUACCCAGCACAAUAUAUCGAAGAAGUUCUGAAGCGGGUACAACCGAGGCAUCUCCAGCGAACGUACGAUAUCAAGGAUUCAGACUACAAAGGCGAUGCUGUCGCUUUUCUGGAAAACCUGUGCCGCAAGAGCGGUCGUCUGCUGAAGGGCGGUGAAGCUGAUAUUGACGGCGCUGCGAAGAUGGUUUUGAACGACUGGAUAAGAGGAAAGCUGCCUUGGUUCACCCCACCACCAUACAAGGAGGGCGAAGAAUCAACCAGCGGACCCAUCAACGCGAAGCGUGAAGGCAAGCUCGGUGAGAUGAGCAAGAAGCGGAAGCGAGGUGGUGAGAGUGAGGCCGGUGAGAAGGCUGGUGCAAAACAAGAUGAGUCCGACUACGAUAGCGACUUCAGUGGGUUUAGUGACGAAGAUGGCCUACAAACGGAUGGCGAGGACGAUGAUGAGGAGGAGGUGUCGGAUGAUGACGAAGAAGGUGGCACUACACUAGAAGCCGCCGACGUUGACGAAGCAGCCGACGAUAAUGACAAAAGCGAAGACGAUGAGGUGGUGGAGAAAGAGCUCGCUGCUAUAACAUCGGCGCUUUCCAAAGCGAAGAAGCGGCAAAAGACCACGUAA